CAAUAACUGAUGAUUACGUCGAUAUCAUUGCGUUUGAAGAAAUUUAGACUAAAGAGAAACUCAACAGGUCAGGAAAGGAAUUUAGCGUAUGAACUACUACUAUUACUACUAAUACUACUGAGUACUGAGUACUACUACUGAGUGCUACUACUACUGAUUACGGAUGAGUAGUCAAACAAGACACUACUAGUCAAUCUGAUUCACUUCUCAUCAAAUGAACAGUUCAUCAUCAUCAUCAAAAAUCAAAAACUCAUUAAAUUAAUCAAAACAAGUCAAGUCAAGAAGAAAAAGAAGAAACUCACUACCUCACCUCACUCAAUCUGAAAUCAUUCAAGAUUUACGUACUAGUCAAACUAACCAUCCCUGCUUUGAUUAUUUCUAAAACUCAAAUAAGAAGAUCAGAUUCAAUCCAUCUUUAACUAAUGAGCCAUUCAAAUUCAAAUCAAACUAAACAUCGAUUACGAUUAUUCCCAUCUUCUCUAAUCAAACAACAUUCAUCUUCUUCAUCUUCUUCUUCUUCACCUACACCUUCAAAUCAACUACCACCUCCACCUACUUCUUCUAAUUCAAUCUCAUCUUCUUCAUCUGGUUCAUCUUCAUCUUAUCAGCAACAACAACAGCAAGAACAGCAAGAACAACAUGAACAGCCGAUCAAUCCACCACAAGAUCAAUCCCAAACACCACUCUCUUUUGCCAUUCCAGAAGCAACUAGAUCUGCGCCUGACCUCUCUUCUCCUCUAUUCCUUGAUUCAGAACGUCCAGAAUGGCUUUGGAUCAAUUCAAAUAUCAGUUUAAUCUCAUCAUCAUCAUCAAAUAAUAAUCUUAAUCCUAAUAAUGACUCCAAAACUGGUUUUGAAUAUCCUCUUAAUCAACUCCAUAAAACUUCAUCAAGACGAUUAAAUCAUGAAAGAAGUCAAUCUCAUGGUAAUAUCCUCAAUCCUCAGGCUCAAUCUACUAGAUAUGAACGUCGAUUUCAAGCUUUACUUGAGAUUUGUGAUACAGAAGCGGGUUAUCUGAGAGAUCUUCGAAUCCUUGUACAUGGUUAUCUUUCUAUUCUUGAACGUGCACCUUUUAUUAAUUCAGAUCAUAAAAUCAUCGUUAGAAGAAAUGUAGAUCAAGUCUUGGAAUUGGCUGAAAGGUUUUCUCGUAGGAUCUCUUUGGCUAUGGGAUCGAAAUUAGAUCUUUGGAGAACACCUGGCUCUUCAAGAGAUGAAUUGGAGGUUGAUAAACUCAUUGAACGUCUUUCAAAAGCAUUUAUUAGUGAAUCUCCAAUCUUUACAGUUUAUGAAGACUUUUGUGCACGUCAUCCUGAAGCAGCUGAUAUCAUUAGGCAAUUCGAAAGUAGUCCUGAAUGGAUAUCAUUUGUACAACAGUGUCGAAGUCAAGAUAGCUUAUCAACUUCCUCAGUUCCUUCUUCCUCACUCGCUUUUGCCACUCAGGCUCCACUUCAAACCAGUCUUGCUUCACUGGGUAUGGUUCCAUCUGUGCCUAACCAUUCUAGAUUGAGAUUACAAGACUUUGCUAUCAAACCUAUCCAGCGUAUCAUGCGAUACCCACUCCUUCUGACCAGCUUGCUACAAUAUAUGGAUGGUGAUGCUAAUUCAAGUGAAAUGCGAGCAAGGGAUAAGGUUUAUCAAGCUUUAGGAGCCAUGAAGGAAGUCGCAACAGGGGUUGAUGACGCUAAAUCAGCUAGAGAAAUUGAACUCAAAACUGAACUGAUAGCUAGUCGAAUGGAGUUACAUUUCUCCUAUCGUGCUGCGUUUGUGUCACUCCUUGGUCAAAUUCAACUUGUUGGAUCGCUCCAUGUACUCUAUCACGGGCCUGCACUUGACCCUAAUGAGGCAUUCAAGAUCAAGUAUCAUGGUAUCUUUUUAUAUCAAACUCAUCUCGUCAUUGUCAAGGUCAAGCGGGCUAGCGUCUACGAACCUCGUCAUUGGUUUCCGAUCCGUUAUUUUGAGCUCGUCGAUAUACCCGAAUCUACUGGUAUCAUGCCUCAUUCCUUCAGUUUAAAGUAUCGUCAACAUUCAUUUGAAUUUGGAGCUAUGUGGGAACCUGAAAAGAAAUUUUGGAUGGCCAAGCUCAAAGCUAUCAAGGACGAGGUCGAGAACUUGAGGUCGAUUCAUCUUCGAUCGGAUUUACCUCUUAAUGAUGACUCAAUCGUCUCGAGUAUCAAUCUUGAUGAAUGUGGUCCUUCCUCUCCCACUUCUUCUACCCCCAACUCUGAAUCCAAACCUUCAUCUUCCGCCAGUGGUUCGUGCUCACCCAUCCUUAAUCAGGGAAUCCUACCAGAAGAACCUCUUUCGUACCUUUCAAAGGAAGACGCCAUGGAUGACCCACCUUCUACACCUCACUCGGUUUCUCAACCGAUGCCAUCUCAAGUUCCAUCACAUUCUCAACAAUCUCGAGUCUCUCAGCGGCUCUCUCGAAAUGUCAAUACGUUAUUGGGACGAACCCCCGAGGUUGUUCAGGCCGCCAUAGAUCUUAAACUUACAGAAGUCUUUUCUGAUGUUUUGCUCGCUGCCCGACUUCAGGGUCAGCGUGAACAAGAGAUGUCUGAUACGAGCGCUCGUCAGCGUACUUUAUCAGGACCUGGCUCGAGCAAGCGACACUCGCAAUAUCAUGGUUCUGCUCAAACUUUUAGCUCCCGUGCUUCUGAACGCAAAAUGAAAAGGAUGAGUUACAUGGAACCAUCUAGUCGUAUCCUCUUUGAAACCAAAGUUUCGGAAUCAUCUUCUAAAUCCACUUUACCGCCUUUACCUGUCACACUCGCUUCUCCUGUCUCAAUCCGUUCUACAUCCAGCAGUCUGCGUAGAGCAAAGACUGGUCCAGCACCUGAACGACCUGCAUCUAUCGAUCUCUGGAGGUUGAAUCGAGCUAGUACGACCAACUCCACUCGAUCUAGGCCACCUUCUACAAUUCUUUCCACCGGUACUAUCACCCUCGCCAACAUAUCUCCACCCUUGAACCUAAGCUGCGAUUCUUUUUUAGCUGAACCUGAACGGGACCCUACAUGCGAGAUUGACUUGAAUCGGCCCUCUACAAGUCGAUCGGAAUCGUGUGAUGGAGGUAGUUCUUCGGGGACAUCAUCUUCUAAGGAUAUGCAAGCCGCAGACACUACGAUUGUACCCAACUCACGACACUCAUUCAAAGACUCCUUGUUCUCAUCACCUGAACCGACGAGCGAAAACUCAAGUGCCACCACGAUUCAAGAGUCAUCAGAGGACAGGUGGCAUCCUGGAAGAAAGACAACAUUGAAGAGUGAGACUAGUGUGACUAGUCUUAGAGGUAAACCUCUACGACCCACAUUACAGACCAUUGCAGGAUCAACUAACGAUGCAUCAAGUCGCAUGAUAGAUGAAACCGAGGCCACUUUGAUGAGAAAGGACCCGGAGAUUGAUCCUGAUAUCGUGGAUCUUACCCUAUCACCUAAUUCGAUUGGUUUUGAUCCCACACCACCUGUAGCCUCAUUGCAAAGUGUUGAUAAUUCUAUGACCGGCGGCCGAAAGAUGACCAAGUCAGCUACUCAUUCUACCUCUAUCGGAUCAUCUUGGUUACCUGGCUUCAAACUCUCACGUAAACUCUCAAGAGCAUCGGUGAAUCAGGAAUCAGUAGAAGAAGAUACCUCUGUGGAGGGGGGUACUAGUAAUCUGGGUCACAGUCAAGAUCCAGUAGCACCACGAUCCAGACGAAUUCUUUCUACCAUCUCUGUGAACUCAUCUACAUCUACAUCUUCAAGUCAACAUAAUGCAAGAAGAAGUGGAUCAGGAUGGGUACCUAGUUUUAUUAGAUCUAAGAGUAGUACGACGACGACGACGAUCAGUCGAGGUGGAAGUCAUGAAAGUCGAAUCUCAUCAAGUGGUAAUAGUCGAUCAGCUUUGAUAAGUCUUUGGAAUUCAUCUGGAUCGAAUCCUGAAGGUACUAUCAAUCUUGAUGAUCAUCAAGUUAGCCUUCAAGCUCCUAUAUCUGAACCUGUUACAUCACAUCAUCGAAACCGUAGUAGUACUAGUAGUAGUGGGUUGAGUGGAAAUAGUAGUAAAUUCAGUUUUAAGAAACCUUCGUCUAUGAUCGGAGGUAGUGGUAGUGGUAGUACUAGUAGUGGGAUUAGAUCAUUUUUAAGAAUGACACCUUUAGCAAAUCAAUCGAAUGCAAAUAGUAAUGAUCAUCGUGGACUUGGUUCAUCUUGA